CAAUCAUCGAGAAUGAAAGAAGGAUGGAAGGACAGUUCAUCGACGACACCCCCUGCUCUUCCAUCGCCAUCGAGUCGAUCCUCCGCGGCGGAACUGCGGGUCUACUAUGGGGUCUGUGCGCCGGUCCCUACGAAGCUAACAAAUCAGGUCUCACUGGCUUUGCUCGCGCUUCUUUCGUGGCUAAGUCGGUUGGUCAAUUUGGCUUUCAAUGUGGACUUUUUGCUGGAAUUUUUUCUAUUACUCGAUGUGGGCUUCAAAGAUAUCGAAGGAAGAAUGACUGGCUUCAGGUGAAUGCUUUGGUUGCGGGUGCAGUAGCGGGAGCAGCUGUUGGUGUUGGGACACGAAACUGGAAGCAGGCAGCUGGGAUGGCUGGUGUCGCAUCUGCAUUUGUUACUGUUGCCAGCAACUCCAAUACAAAUUAAGACACCUCCUUGAGAAAACUAAAAGGUGGGGCCUGGAAGAGCAGAAUGAUUUGCCAGUUUAAUUCUUUUCCUCCUAAGGGGACUAUAUUGCAGUAGUUUUGACUUAAGACGAUGGCGACCGAGUUGCUGAUCUACAUAUGUAUGCAUAAAGUAAAGGGUAUAACUUUAAUGUUUUAUCUAUAAGCAUAUGAUGUGUUGGAAUUUGGAAGGAAGCAAUUUUUCUUUUUCCUUAUUCCCCUUUACACUUUUAUGGGGAAUGAAAAUGUAAUUUCAUCAUAUGUCAUUAGCUACAUAGUACUAGAACAUUCUUUUUCUUUCAAGUCAAUUGAAUCAAUAUGGUUUUGCUGAUUCUUUGAUCCGUAUCUCCCGAGCUGUAAUUGUUGAGUUAUUUAAGUCUUGUCAUACAUUAUACUUGAAAAGGUGAUUGAAUUAUUCAUUUGUCG